CCGCCGCCGAGUCCUCGCCCGUCGUCACCCCGUCGCCACCCGCUCCUCCUGAACGCCGGCGUGGGGUGCCCAGCCUCCACCACCGGCGACGCCACCCUCCCCGCCGCGCGCCCGAAACCCGACUGCUCCGUUUGCGGGGGUAGCCGGGGCUCCGGCCUCGGCGGCUUUCUAAGCCCCCUUCCUUACAACAGGAUCAUCCAAAAUCCCGUCCUAGACUUCUUCUAUCUCCCGUUCCAGAAUUUCCUCUUUUGGCAUCAGUAAUCCUCGGAAUCAAGCACCUCCUAGAUUUCGAUUCUUACAGUAUUGCUAAUUUUCUUCUUAUUAAUCGAUUAUUAACAGAUCGAUCGAUCGAUCCAUUAGCCUCGCCUCACACCAAAUUCAUUUUUUCCUUCGUCCGAUUCUGAUUUUCCGCCUCUAACAUCAGCACCACCAGACCAGAAACUGAACAGAAAUUACACCAGCAGCAAAAAAAAACAGAUUCCUGACUUUUUUUUAAUUCAGUGGAUUAUUAGCUUUCUCCGGCUGUUUCCGACGAGAUGCCUGCGCUAGCUGUGGAAUCCGCCACGGCACCCGCCGUCGCCGCCCACGCCUUCGGCAGCGCGUGCGACGCGGCGCGCUUCGCCGCGACCCCACUCCUCCUGGGCCCGGCCGACAUCCCCAAGCCCGACGCGACGGCCUGGUCCGCGGACCUCUCCUCGGCGCUCUACAACGUGGACGGCUGGGGCGCGCCCUACUUCUUCGUGAACGACGACGGCGCCAUCGCCAUCCGCCCGCACGGCGCCGCCACGCUGCCGGGCCAGGAGAUCGACCUGGCCAAAGUCGUCGCCCGGGCCUCCUCCGCGCCCGCCACCGGCGGCCUCGGCCUCCCGCUGCCCCUCCUCGUGCGCUUCCCGGACGUGCUGCGCCACCGCGUGGAAGCCCUCAACGCGGCCUUCCGCUACGCCGUCUCCUCCGCCGGCUACCGCAGCCGCUACCAGGGCGUGUACCCGGUCAAGUGCAACCAGGACCGCUACGUCGUCGAGGACAUCGUCGACUUCGGCGCGCCCUUCGGGUUCGGGCUCGAGGCCGGGUCCAAGCCCGAGCUGCUGCUCGCCAUGAGCUGCCUCGCCGCCCGCGGCAGCCCCGACGCCAUGCUCGUCUGCAACGGCUACAAGGACCUCGAGUACAUCUCGCUCGCCCUCGUCGCGCGCACCAUGGGGAUCAACGCCGUCGUCGUGCUCGAGCAGGAGGACGAGCUCGACAUUGUGGUGGAGGCCAGCCGCAGGCUCGGCGUCCGCCCCGUCGUCGGCAUGCGCGCCAAGCUGCGCACCAAGCACGCGGGACACUUCGGGGCCACGUCCGGGGAGAAGGGCAAGUUCGGGCUCAACGCGGCCGAGAUCCUCUCGGUCGUGGCCAAGCUCAAGGGACUCGGGAUGCUCGACUGCCUCCAGCUCCUGCACUUCCACAUUGGGUCACAGAUCCCCACCACGGCCCUGCUCGCCGACGGCGUCGGCGAGGCCGCGCAGAUCUACUGCGAGCUGGCCCGCCUCGGCGCGGCCAUGCGCGUGAUCGACGUUGGCGGCGGACUCGGGAUCGACUACGACGGAACCCACUCCGCGGAGACCGACAUGUCCGUGGCCUACAGCCUGGAGGAGUACGCGGCGGCGGUGGUCGCGGCGGUUGGCAGGGUCUGCGACCGCAAGGGCGUGCAGCACCCGGUCAUCUGCAGCGAGAGCGGCCGCGCGCUGGUCUCGCACCACUCGGUCCUCGUCUUCGAGGCCUUCUCCGCGUCGGCGCCGGCUUCAAACCUCGACUCCGCCACUGCCUACCUCCUCGACGAGCUCACGGACGACUGCCGCGGCGACUACCGCAACGUGAUGGCCGCCGCCGUGCGCGGCGACUUCGACACCUGCGCCGUGUACGCGGACCAGCUCAAGCGGCGCUGCGCCGAGCAGUUCAAGGACGGGGUCCUCGGCCUGGAGCACCUGGCCGCCGUCGACGGGCUCUGCGAGAUCGUCGCGCGCGGCAUGGGCGUGGCGGAGCGGCCGCGGACCUACAACGUCAACCUGUCCGUGUUCACCUCCAUCCCGGACAUGUGGGCCAUCGAGCAGCUCUUCCCCAUCGUCCCCAUCCAGCGCCUGCAGGAGCGGCCCAGCGUCGACGGCAUCCUCUCCGACCUCACCUGCGACAGCGACGGCAAGGUGGACCAGUUCAUCGGCGGCAGGCACAGCCUCCCGCUGCACGAGCUCCCCACCCACGGCACCCGCGGCUACUACCUCGGCAUGUUCCUCGGGGGCGCCUACCAGGAGGCCCUCGGCGGCCUGCACAACCUCUUCGGCGGGCCCAGCGUCGUGCGCGUGUCCCAGAGCGACGGGCCGCACUGCUUCGCCGUGACGCGCGCCGCUCCUGGCCCGUCCUGCGCCGACGUGCUCCGCGCCAUGCACCACGAGCCCGAGGUCAUGUUCGAGGUGCUCAAGCAGAGGACCAACGACGGAGCCACCGCCGCAGCUAUCGCCAGGGCCUUCGGCGCAAUGCCGUACCUGUCCUUCGACAACGAGGCCGUGGAGAUUGCGAGCAGCGGCAUGAGCAGCGACUCUGAGGGCUCGGCUGCCGGCGCCGUGGAGGAUGAUGAUGAGGAGUGGGAGUUCAUGCGCGGGCUCACCGUGUAGCCAGCCCUACUGGUGAUGAUGUCAAACAGCAGCAGCUGCCAGUGUUGUAUCGUGUCAUGGUCGAGUCGUCGGGCGUCUCGUCGCCGUUUAGUAUCGCCGGAGUCUGUUUUUGGCGCCAUUUUUAUUUCACAAGCGUCAGUCCACUGUUUCCCUUAUUAAUCUGAUGAAUAAGAAAAAAAGAACUAGUACAAUUACCAAGUUCAAGUUUA